CAAAAAUGAAUCCAAAGAAUCCCAAUGGUAACAAUAAGACACUCUCACUCCCUCCCCAACCCCAAAAACGACACUGAAUCCUGCAUUUUCCCUCCUGUUAACCACGAAAAUCUCCAAAUCCUAUCACACAACAACAACCAACAACAACACCCAUCAUCGAAAUCGUCGCCGCCGCGGCCGUCUUUGUCACUAUCGCCGUGUGAUUUGAGUUCUGAGAAGGUCGUCAACGGGUGGUUGGAUUAUGGGCUUGAGGUUUUACGCACCAAGAUUUGUAGUUUCAUUUCUUUGAUUGGGAAUAAAGACGGCGCGAGUAAAGGAGCGUUUUGGACAUUCGGUAGAGUUGCGGGCAUAGCCGUCGUGGUGAUGUGGUGGUGGUGGUGGUUGUGCCGGCGGCGGCGGAAGCAGAGAGAAAGGGUAGAGCAUUUGCAGCUGAUCAUCAAAGAGAAAGAUGAGAAAAUUCUUCAACUAUUGCGUCAAAUUGCACAAAUGAAUGAGGUGCUGGUGGGCCGUCACAAAGUUCUGGCUUCGAAGGUGGGCAAUUGAUUAGACUAGGAGAAACAGUAGAUAGCAAUUCUUUGAGAAAUCUUCUCCAUUAGACACAACUCUGUUGCGUUAUGUAUUGUAUUUGCACUGUAAAUUGUAAGUAUUUCUUAAGCCUGGUGGUGAAGUUUUCAGAUGUAGUAACAAGUUAAUGAGUAUGUUAGCUUUUAUAA